GGUAAAGAAGAAAAACAAUUAUCCCCACCUAAGCAUCGUUUCAGAAUCUAAAUUCAGGUCUUCCGGGAUAGAAAAGUGUCACAACAGCGCAGAAGUCCCCUGAGAGCAAGGCCUGCGGCAGGGUAGCAGGUGGCGAUCCGGGCAUGCGCGCCCCCGUGGCUCUCUGGCCAGAGCUGCCCCUCCCUCCACUUUCCUCCAGCUGGAGAAGCGAGGGCUGGGGAGGUGGUUGGAGGCUGGGGACCCGCAAUCCGGCUGCACGGUGUGAGCCCUGCGGGACUCGCGGGCGCGCUGGGUGAGCGCAAAGCCAUGGAGCCUUCCUGGCUGGAGACUCGCGGCGCGCGGCCCUUGUAUCUAGCAUUCGUGUUCGGCCUGGCCCUGGGGCUGCUGCAGGUCAUCAAGCUCUACCUGCGGAGGCAGCGGCUGCUGAGGGAUCUGCGCCCCUUCCCCGCGCCCCCCACCCACUGGUUCCACGGGCACCAGAAGCUUCUUCAGGAAGAUAAAAUGGAGAAGCUUGAGGAGCUUGUUGAAAAAUACCCUUGUGCUUUUCCUUGCUGGAUUGGACCCUUUCAGGCAUUUUUCUUUAUCUACGAUCCAGACUAUGCACAGACAUUUCUGAACAGAACAGACCCCAAGUCGCAGUACCCAUACAAGUUCAUGACUCCAUGCUUUGGAAAAGGACUCCUGAGUCUAGAUGGGCCCAAGUGGUUCCAGCAUCGUCGCCUACUAACUCCUGGAUUACAGUGUGAUAUACUGAAAACAUACGUUGAGGUGAUGGCCCAUUCUGUGAACACAAUGCUGGCUAAGUGGGAGAAGAUCUGUGGCACUCAGGACACAGCUGUGGAGGUUUACGAGGACAUCAGCAUGAUGGCCCUGGACAUCAUCAUGCAAUGUGCAUUUAGUCAAGAGACCAACUGCCAGAUAAAUGGUACCUAUGAUCCUUAUUUGAAAGCAACAACUGAACUCAGCAAAAUUAUAUUUUAUCGCUUAUACAACUUCUGGAAUCACCAUGACUUAAUUUUUAAAUUCAGCCCUAAGGGCCAGCGCUUCCAGGAGUUGAGCAAAGUGCUACAUCAAUACACAGAAAAGGUAAUCCAGGACAAAAAGAAAUCUCUCAAGUCUGAAACAAAACAAGGUACCACUCAGAAGAAAUACCAGGAUAUUCUGGAUAUUAUCCUUAGUGCCCAGGCUGAAAGUGAAGACAGCUUUCCUGAUGCUGACCUGCAGGCUGAGGUGAGCACGUUCAUGUUGGCAGGGCAUGAUGCCUCUGCAGCGAGCCUCUCUUGGCUUCUCUACUGCCUAGCUCUGCACCCUGAGCAUCAGGAGCGAUGUCGGGAGGAGAUCAGGAGCACCCUAGGGGAGGGGUCCUCCAUCCACUGGGACCAGCUGGAUGAGAUGUCCUACACAACAAUGUGUAUCAAGGAGAUGUUCCGAUUGAUUCCUCCAGUGCCGUCCAUUUCCAGAGAGCUCAGCAAGCCCCUCACCUUCCCAGAUGGACGCUCAUUGCCCACAGGAAUGAAUGUGGUUCUGAGUAUUUGGGGUCUUCACCACAACCCUGCUGUCUGGAAUAGCCCUCAGGUCUUUGACCCCUUGAGAUUCACUAAGGAGAAUUCUGAUCAAAGACAUCCCUACGCCUUCUUAGCAUUUUCAGCUGGACCAAGGAACUGCAUUGGACAGCAGUUUGCCAUGGUCGAGUUGAAGGUGGCCAUUGCUUUGAUUCUGCUCCAUUUCAGAGUGUCUGCAGACCUCACUAGGCCUCUCUCCUUCUCAAACCACACUGUCUUCAAACCCAAGGAUGGAAUGCAUUUGCACCUGAAGAAACUCUCUGGGUGUUAAAUCCAGGCCUACCCAGACAAUCAAGAUCAUUUGGAUGGAUACAAGAUUUUUGCUGUUUGUUUUAAAUUUUCAAAUUAUGUGUCAUAAUUUUGCUAUUAAAUUAACAUGAGAAAAGAAAGGGAUGGCUCCCAUUACCAAAUAUCCAGUCCCAGGCCAAGAAUGAAGCAGCUGAGCAAGCAUCUUAAAGAAGCCACAUACAUCUUCUUGACCCCUCAACUUUGGAAGUGGCACACAAACAGAAAAUGAUGCCCAGUGUCUCACAUACUGAUCUUCAAGUUUUUCUAUAAAGAACAAUGUGCCCAACCAAUUUUCAAGUUGUAGUAAAUGUCUGUCUUAUACUUUAUCUUUUCUAAAUAGACCUUUUCACAAAUCUGAGGAAAAACAUGGAUCUUCCCCCAGAACCUGGUACAUAUUCCAAAUAUGAAUGGAGUUUUUGACUUCAUAGCAUUACUUGGCCAUGAGCCCAGGCCCGGACAUCCUUGAGUGUCUUUCCUCUGCCUUAAUAAUGUUAAGAGCCUUGGGAAGUGACCAUGACUAAUACUGGAACCCAUUAGUUCAGAGGGCAAGACAUUCCACUCUUAGGCAGCAAUCAAUCACAAUUGUUUCAUAAUACUCACCCAAAACUCUCCCUCUUAUACAUUUUGUCCAAUAGUCAAAUUGUCCAAUUGUCAAAAUUUUUCCAAUUUAUAAUUUUCAGUCUUAUCAUCAUGAUAUAAUUAGAUAUAAUACAAAAUGUGAAUACUGUGCCCCCAUGCACACAUCCCAAGUGGAGCAGUACAGCGCCCUAAAAUGUCAAAUAAAAACAUUGACUUUUUCCUUACUUCUUUCUCCCUUUCUCACCCAUUAGCCUACAAAUUAUUGGGCAAUCCAUCUGGUAGUGCUCCAAAGUCCUCCAUUCCUAACACUAUUCAGACAUGUACAUCCUGUGCCACAACAGGCUUACCACACCACUCAUGCUUUUUUGUCUUUCUUACUUUAUACCUAUAACUAUUAUUUGCUAAAGCAGAGCUUCUAGUUAACUAAAUAUAAUUGUAGAUUGUCUCUAACUGUGGUUGUGUGCUGACCUAUACAUCCCCUAUAUAGCCAUGCCUAACAAAGAACUUGCUACAUAGUAGACCCACUACACAUAUUUGUAUAAUGAAUGAAUGGAUGGGGGGAUUGAUGAGUGAAUAAACAAAUGAACAGAUAGAUAACCAUAUUGCUGAGUUUUGUUCUGUUUGCAGUCUCACUGUUUGAAUGUCCCCUCUAUAUGCUUUAAUUUUGUAACUUAAACAACUAUUUAUAAGAUGACAAUAUGUAAUUAACUAGUGAUUUCCUACUGUUUUUUUCUGAAAUUCUGUAUAACUUGUAUCCUUUUUCUGUUUUUUUUCUUUUUUCUCCUUAAAUAAAAUUUUAAAAAAAAAAUGAA